GCCCGAGCAAGGGCGCAGCUUCUGCGGCCGGGAGUAGCCAGACGAGGCGCGGGCGGCGCGGGGAGGCGUCCCAGAGAAAAGGAAGACAGAGGGCCACCUCCAGCAGGGCCGUGGAAAUCCCAGAAAGUCACUGAGCUGCUCAACAAAAGGCCCUAAACACCCCACCCCACCGCACCAGGCAGUGCACCCUGGCCAGGACUCCGUGGAAAACAAAAAGCCCUUUCUCCUGAUUGGCCAAAAAAUAAAAUACUGACUGCCAUCACUGUGAUGAGAUUCCUAUAGUCUCAGGAACUGAAGUCUUUAAACAACCAGGGGGCCCUCUGCCCCUAGAAUAAGAACAUAUUAGAAGUCCCUUCUGCUAGGACAAGGAGGAUCAUGGGAGACCACCUGGACCUUCUCCUAGGAGUGGUGCUUGUGGCCAGUCCUGUGUUUGGAUUUCCUUCCUGCUCCUUUGAUGGCCAAAUAGCCUUUUAUCGUUUCUGCAACCUCACCCAGGUCCCCCAGGUCCUCAACACCACUGAGAGGCUCCUGCUGAGCUUCAACUAUAUCCAGACAGUCACUGUUUCAUCCUUCCCCUUUCUGGAACAGCUGCAGCUGCUGGAGCUCGGGAACCAGUAUACCCCCUUGACUAUUGACAAGGAGGCCUUCAGAAACCUGCCCAACCUUAGAAUCUUGGACCUGGGAGGUAGUCAGAUAUACUUCUUGCAUCCAGAUGCUUUUCAGGGACUAUUCCAUCUGUUUGAACUUAGACUGUAUUUCUGUGGUCUCUCCGAUGCUGUAUUGAGAGAUGGUUAUUUCAGAAAUUUAAAGUCUUUAACUCGCUUGGAUCUAUCCAAAAAUCAGAUUCAUAGCCUUUACCUUCAUCCUUCAUUUGGGAAGCUGAAUUCCUUGAAGUCCAUAGAUUUUUCCUCCAACCAAAUAUUUCUUGUAUGUGAACAUGAGCUCGAGCCCCUCCAAGGGAAAAUGCUCUCCUUUUUCAGCCUCGCAGCUAAUAACUUGUAUAGCAGAGUCUCAGUGGACUGGGGAAAAUGCAUGAACCCAUUCAGAAACAUGGUGCUGGAGAUACUAGAUGUUUCUGGAAAUGGCUGGACAGUGGAUAUCACAGGAAACUUUAGCAAUGCCAUCAGCAAAAGCCAGGCCUUCUCUUUGAUUCUUGCGCACCACAUCAUGGGUGCCGGGUUUGGCUUCCAUAACAUCAAAGAUCCUGACCAGAACACAUUUGCUGGCCUGGCCAGAAGUUCAGUGAGACACCUGGACCUUUCACAUGGGUUUAUCUUCUCCCUGAACUCCCGAGUCUUUGAGACACUCCAGGAUUUGCAGGUUCUGAACCUUGCCUACAACAAGAUAAAUAAGAUUGCAGUUGAAGCAUUUUACGGACUUGACAACCUUCAAGUUCUCAAUUUGUCGUAUAACCUACUGGGGGAACUUUACAGUUCGAAUUUCUAUGGACUACCUAAGGUAGCCUACAUUGAUUUGCAAAAGAAUCACAUUGGAAUAAUUCAAGACCAAACAUUCAAAUUCCUGGAAAACUUACACACCUUGGAUCUCCGAGACAACGCUCUUACAACCAUUCAUUUUAUUCCAAGCAUACCUGACAUCUUCUUGAGUGGCAAUAAACUAGUGACUUUGUCAGAGAUCAACCUUACAGCCAACUUCAUCCACUUAUCAGAAAACAGGCUAGAAAAUCUAGAUAUUCUCUACUUUCUCCUACGGGUACCUCAUCUCCAGAUUCUCAUUUUAAAUCAAAAUCGCUUAUCCUCUUGUAGUGGAGAUCAAACCCCUUCAGAGAAUCCCAGCUUAGAACAGCUUUUCCUUGGAGAAAAUAUGUUGAAACUUGCCUGGGACACUGAGCUCUGUUGGGAUGUUUUUGAGGGACUUUCUCAUCUUCAAGUUCUGUAUUUGAAUAAUAAUUAUCUUAAUUCCCUUCCACCAGGAGUAUUUAGCCAUCUGACUGCAUUAAAGCGACUAAGCCUCAACUCCAACAGGCUGACAGUUCUUUCUCACAAUGAUUUACCGGCUAAUUUAAAGAUCCUUGACAUAUCUGGGAAUCAGCUCCUAGCUCCCGAUCCUGAUUUAUUUGUAUCACUUAGUGUCUUGAAUAUAACUCAUAACAAGUUCAUUUGUGAAUGUGCAAUUAGCACUUUUAUCCAUUGGCUUAAUCACACCAGUGUCACUAUAGCUGGGCCUCAUGCAGACAUAUAUUGCAUGUACCCUGACUCGCUCUCUGGGGUUUCCCUCUUCUCUCUUUCCACGGAAGCUUGUGAUGAAGAGGAAGUCUUAAAGUCCCUAAAGUUCUCCCUUUUCAUUGUAUGCACUGUCACUGUGGCUCUGUUCCUCGUGACCAUCCUCACAGUCACGAAGUUCCGGGGCUUCUGUUUUAUCUGUUAUAAGACAGCCCAGAGACUGGUGUUCAAGUACCAUCCCCAGGGCACAGAACCUGAUAUGUACAAAUAUGAUGCCUAUUUGUGCUUCAGCAGCAAAGAUUUCGCAUGGGUGCAGAAUGCUUUGCUCAAACACUUGGACACUCAAUACAGUGACCAAAACAGAUUUAACCUGUGCUUUGAAGAAAGAGACUUUGUCCCAGGAGAAAACCACAUUACCAAUAUCCAGCAUGCCAUCUGGAACAGUAGAAAGAUUGUUUGUCUUGUGAGCAGACACUUCCUUAGAGAUGGCUGGUGCCUUGAAGCCUUCAGUUAUGCCCAGGGCAGGUGCUUAUCUGACCUUAACAGUGCUCUCAUCAUGGUGGUGGUUGGGUCCUUGUCCCAGUACCAGUUGAUGAAACAUCAAUCCAUUAGAGGCUUUGUACAGAAACAGCAGUACUUGAGGUGGCCUGAGGAUCUCCAGGAUGUUGGCUGGUUUCUUCAUAAACUCUCUCAACAGAUACUAAAGAAAGAAAAAGAAAAGAAGAAAGACAGUAACAUUCCAUUGCAAACUAUAGCAACCAUCUCCUAAUCAAAGGAGCAAUUUCCAACCUAUCUCAAGCCACCAAUAACUCUUCACUUUGUAUUUGCACCAAGUUACCAUUUUGUGGUCCUCUCCGGAGAUUUUUUUUUUCUUUUUGCUACUAUGAAAACAACAUAAAUCUCUCGAUUUUCAUAUCAACACCAUGUUCUGUCUCACUAACCUCCAAAUGGAAAAAAAUAGAUCUAGAAAAUUGCAGCUGCCUUUAGAGAUUCCCAGUCUCCAUUGGUUUUCUUUCAGAUCCAAUAAUACUGUUCUGUCCUGCUGUGUUGAUUAUGGAAUGUAUCCCUAAUCAUGGGAAGGACACUUGGGAGAAGCUGCAGAUGGCUGACGUGCUUUCUCUAGCAUUCAGCUCAAAAAUGAGAUGGUCCAUGAUUCUGGGUUCUCUGUGUUUUGCAAAACAACAUUAAGUACAAAACAAACAGAAGCAGAGGCACAUUUCCUUCUUUUGCCACAGAAACAAUGCCACUGUUGAGUGCCAGUCACACUUUGUCUUGUAGAUAAGAGGUGGCCCCAAAGAAGCUGGGAUGAAUGAGAGUCACUCCCUCUCUUGUGGCUGUACUGCACUUCAUGUUCUUACCUUCAGCUUCUCCAGGUCUCGCCCUAGUGAGCCAAGAACUUUCUUUCACAUGCUGCCUUUAUUUCAGCCUGGCCUUCAAGACCUUCCAUGAUUUAUCACCAACCUACCUUUUCAGCUUUAUUUCCUAGCACACCUCAUUGAUCAGCCGCUCAGGCUGUUACAUGAAAAAUACGGACUUUGCACACAGAUCCUGGGUUGAGUUCUGAGUCAGCUGUGUAUUAGCUGUGUAACCUGGGCCAUGGUAUGCCCUUGCUGGGCCUACAUUUUCUCACAUAACAGCAUCUAUGUCAUGGAAUUCCUGUGAAAAUUAAAUUGGCCAAGGAUGUCAGGGCCUCUCAGAUCUUUUCCUUUGUUGCCCUAAUGACCACAAGAGAACACAUACACUGAAGGCCUUCUGGGGGCAGUUGCAAUUUCAUUGAAGUUGUAUUUUUUUAUCUUAAAUGAAAUCUAUGUGUAUUUUC